UCAUCCAAAACAACGCUGCUUCCAAUUCGAAAGAAAUACAGAGCACUGACGAUCUACGCAAGCACCCUCAUAAAAGGUCCCAUCCAAGAACCAUGUCCGACAGCAGUCCGUCCGAGCAAAGAACACAAUGUCCAUGAACCUAACUGAGCAGCCGUAUCACCACACCGGCACGGGGUUUAUGGCGACCGGUCGCGGCGGGGUAACGACGACGUUGACGUCAACAGGCAGCGAGAACGCACGCGCGUGCUUCUCCCACGGGCCGCACACUCGCGGGACAUCAUCUUCCUCCGACUCUGCGCCCUCUCCAUCUAUGGACGACCCUCGUGAGCGCGACCGCGCGUGCGAAUACUCCCCGCGCGAGUGGGACCGUGCUUGUGAGUGCGCGUACUCUCCGCUCGAGCGCGCACUCUCCCAGCUCGCACGCGAGCGCCGGCCGUCGCUCGACCCGGACACAGAUGAUGUCGGGGAGCUGGCGGCGUCCAUCAAGGAAUGUACGACAGGCGCGAGUUCGACGCGUCCGCUUGCGGGCUCUAGCGUGAAUGUGUGUGCGCGCUCGCGAGGUACGGGCCCUUCGGAGAGCCGCACGGGCGGGUGGAAUGCUGGGCGCGGGACUGAGGGGAGUGUGUGCCGAGGCAGGCCGCGUCGUGGAAGGGGGCCUGUGACGAGACGCAACGGGGUAGGCGCAGAACGGCGGGGCAUGAUCGUGAUAGUCGUGAACUUUGAAUGAGCGAGUUGCCGGGGAAGUGAGUGUAGGAAGCAGCCGCACGAAUUGACGACUCGGAACCGGACAGCGAUGACUUGACGGACACUGAAAGUUGGAAUGGGUGCAGAUAGGGAUCGGACCGGCCGAUAGAGUCUGGAUGAACAGAAGUAAAUAAAAUAAACUACAGCAAACGAAAGCAGCGGGGGGACGAGGUGCUGA